UCAAUAAUUCCUUCGUGUCCGGACACAGAGCAUCACCCCUUCCUCUUUCUCUCUCUCUCUCUCUCUCCCCCUUUCCCAAUUCUCUCUAUCCCGACAAGCGCUGAUAAGCAAUCUCUCAGGACUCGAGCUCUUCUCUGAUCUCCACUUAUCUUGGUUUAUGAGCUCGAAGGAGAAACCCACUCUUGGUGGUGCGCGGAUUAAGACCCGCAAACGGAACAUCGCAGCUCCUUUGGACCCUGCAGCUUUUGCAGAUGCAGUGGUCCAGAUUUAUUUGGAGAAUGCUGGUGAUCUGGAACUCGUAGCCAAGAGCAUUGAAUCUUCCGACCUGAAUUUCUCAAGAUAUGGUGACACCUUUUUUGAGGUUGUGUUCACUGGAGGGCGUACCCAAACUGGAACUAUCAAACCUGAGGAGGGGGAGCGCCACCCUUACUCUGUUCUAGAGUGUGAGGCCAGUCGAGAAGUGAUUUUGCCAUCUGUGAUAUACAUACAGAAGAUUCUGCGCCGGAAGCCCUUCCUCAUUAAAAAUCUCGAAAAUGUCAUGCAAAGAUUCCUUCAGUCCUUGGAGCUCUUUGAGGAGAAUGAGAGGAAGAAGCUCGCCAUAUUCACAGCCCUGGCCUUCUCCCAGAAGCUGUCUGGGCUCCCGCCCGAGACUGUAUUCCAGCCUCUGCUCAAGGACAAUCUCGUGGCCAAGGGGCUAGUGCUCUCUUUCAUGACUGAUUUCUUCAAGGAAUACCUCGUAGAUAACAACCUUGAUGAUUUGAUAUCGAUACUGAAGAGGGGCAAGGUGGAAGACAAUCUGCUCGACUUCUUUCCACCGACAAAGCGCUCUGCUGAAAUUGUUUCUGAGCAUUUCAGCAAAGAAGGGCUGACAAUGCUGGUCGAAUACAAUGAGAAGAAAAUAUUUGAGGUGAAGCUGAAGGAAAUGAAAUCUUCCCUGACAACUCAGAUAGCAGAAGAAGUCGAUGUCGAUGAAGUCAUCGAAACUUUGAAGCAGCAAGUCCGAGAUGCCAAAUUUCCUGAUAUUGAGGUCGUGCGCAUGUUGUGGGAUGUUAUCAUGGAUGCUGUUCAGUGGUCAGGGAAGAAUCAGCAGCAGAAUGCCAAUGCUGCUCUGCGUCAGGUGAAAACAUGGGCAAAGCUUUUGCAUGCUUUCUGUACCAGCGGGAAGCUCGAGCUUGAACUUAUUUACAAGGUCCAAAUUCAAUGCUACGAGGAUGCAAAGCUGAUGAAGUUAUUCCCAGAAAUAAUUCGCAACCUCUACGAUCAAGAUGUGCUUGCUGAGGACACCAUUCUCCAUUGGUUCCGCAAGGGAACAAACUCCAGGGGGAGGCAAACCUUUGUGAAAGCCUUGGAACCAUUUAUCAAUUGGCUUGAAGAAGCAGAGGAGGAGGAUUAGGCAGUCCCAGGACUUAACAAUAACACGGGACAGAUACUACUCUCGUUUAGUGGCCUUUCCUCUUUUUUUCACUAUAUACAUCUUGAACUUUAUCGUUCUAUGCUUAGUUUCGGAUAUUAUGCCUGCAAUGACAAUAUGAUGAUGAUGACUACUGAACCAUAUGUCAGCGAUGAUUUAUGAUCAGAUUUCUUUCCCAAAUACCACCAUUUCUCUUUA